CGAAGUUCGUAACCACGUUUUCGUUAGAACGGUAGUUUAGUUUAGAAAUACAUAGUAAGGCAGGACAGGGGAUAACAGACACAAUAUAACAGACAGAUCACGACAAAAGUGAUAAAAUUUUAAAAGCCUUAAAUAAACUGUUCUGGUCCGAGAAAAUACGACCGUUUGAAACAUGAUAAGGGCAGCGGAGGCAUGCCCAUGUCCGAUCAAGGAAGUAGGGCCGUCCAUGGCGGGGACCUGCGGUGGCCAGUUCUUGCUAUUUAUGAGCAUACUGGAGUCUUUCAUCAACGGCAGAUGCGACUUAGCUGAUCCUUGCAAUAGAUUCGAGAGCAGAGACGUGUUGGACGAGAGUUACGACUUCGUGGUAGUGGGUGGUGGUACAGCUGGUGCCGUGGUAGCGGGGAGACUUUCCGAGAAUCCACAAUGGAAGGUUCUGUUACUGGAAGCGGGAGGCGACGAACCCACGCAGUCGUCAGUCCCAGCGUGGGUGACAGCUUACUGGGGCCGUAACGAAACUGACUGGAAUUACAAAACGGUGCCGCAAGAGAAGGCUUGCUUAGCAAAUGGAGGAGUGUGUUCUUGGCCGAGAGGGAAAAUGUUGGGUGGUUGCUCGGUCAUCAACGGCAUGAUGUACAUGCGAGGUUCCCCGGCUGACUACGACGGAUGGGCGGUGAACGGAGCCGCGGGCUGGUCCUGGUUCGAUGUGCUGCCGUACUUCCUAAAGAGUGAAGAUAAUAAGGAGAUCGGCAACGGUGUUUCUGGACAGUACCAUAAUACAGGCGGGCCGCUGCCGGUUCAAAAGUUCCGCUACGCGCCACAGUUCGCUCACGACGUGGUCUCUGCUGCCAUCGAACUGGGCUACCCACCGACCAGCGAUCUCAACGGAGAGACCAACACGGGAUUUACAUUAGCGCAGGCGUUAAAUGAUGGAGGCACUCGAUUCAGUACAUCACGUGCGUACUUAAGGCCGGCGUCACAUCGGGAGAAUUUACAUAUUCUCUUCAAUGCUCUCGGUUCGAGGGUCAUCAUUGAUCCAACUACCAAGAAAGUGAAGGCCAUGGAAUAUAUUAAGGACGGGGAAGUGAGGACAGUUGGUGUCAACAAAGAGGUCAUCUUAGCAGGAGGAGCAUUGAACUCACCACAGAUCCUUCUGCUAUCCGGUGUUGGACCAAAAGAAACCCUGGAUAAGUUCAACAUCCCUACAAUCAAGGAUUUGCCCGGGGUAGGACAGAACCUACAUAAUCACGUGGGAGUGCAACUGGACUUUACGUUGAUGAAGGAGCCUGAUGUGCCGCAGCUGAACUGGGAGACUGCUACGCAAUACGUGCUUAAUCGGGAAGGGCCUUUGUCUUCUACGGGGAUGUCUCAAUUAACGGGUAUAGUAAACUCCCGCCUGGCAGCGGCAGGAGGUCGCCAUCCAGACAUUCAGUUCUUCUUCGGUGGUUACUACGCUUCGUGUGGAGACGCCACCGUUCCCGAAGAAAUUGAUAUCGAAAAGAUCACGGAACGGCGACACAUCACUAUAUCCGCGGUGGCCCUGCAGCCGCGCAGUAGAGGUUAUCUGACUUUGCAGUCAGUGGAUCCGACGGCGCCGCCCCUCAUGCAGCCCAACUACUUCUUAGACGAACACGAACUAAACGUGCUCGUCGACGCCGCUCGGAUUGCGUACAGGCUUUCUAACACCACGAUACUUCGAGAAAAAUACGGCAUGGUACCAACUGAAGGAUACGGCAAAGAUUGUCCCGGAGGAGGUCCGAAUCCGACAGACGAGUACUUCAAAUGCCUGGCAAAGUAUCACACCGCUCCGGAGAACCAUCAGGUCGGCACGUGCAAGAUGGGACCCGACAGUGAUCCCAUGGCUGUUGUGGAUAUGCAACUACGAGUUCAUGGCAUUGAAGGCCUACGCGUGGCUGAUGCGUCCGUUAUACCAACCGUCCCAUCGGGCAAUACAAUGGCGCCAGUUAUAAUGGUGGCAGAACGAGGUGCGGAAUUCGCCAUGAUACGGUACCAAACAGCCAAGAACAGGCCGACCACUCUUGGGAAUCGAUUCGGUACAGGCUCGACCAGCUCGAGUUACGCUGGCAAUGAUGCUAACAGGUGGCAUAAUCACGGCAGCUAUCAACCUCGCAAAGAAGAUAAAUCUCCAGAAAACCAGACGAAAAACCAGCGCUGGGACCAAAGAUGGAAGCCGUGGGACAAAAACUGGCACAACUGGGACCAAAGCAGCAGUAAGCCAUACACAUACACUCAAAGCUGGCAGAAGAACGACGUGCCAGUGGGAAACCAGAGGUAUUAUUCUAGAUGAAUAAAACAUGUAUGCUAUUAAGUAGUUUUAUUAAAUAUUAAUCAACUAAA